UUUCUGUAGCCAUGGCGAAACGCAGGAUCACACAAGAGACGUUUGACGCUGUUGUCAAAGAAAAUAUCGAGGAAUUUGAUAUGGAUGCCAGUGAAGCUUUGAGAGAGGCUAUAGAGCAGUUUGAGUCUCAAGGUGUGGACCUGAGUAACAUUGUUAAAGCAGUGCCUACUGCUGCCUCUGAUGAAAAGGCUGAGGAUCAAACCCAUGAGGUUCUGCAGGCUUUAGAGUCACUGAAAAAUGCAAUCAGUACAUCCUCUACAUCUAACAUAGUGGACGACCUGAAACUGUUCACGGACCAAUGUGCAUUAGGAUUUGCUCAGCGGCAUCUGGCGGCUCAAAAGGAUGCCUAUCCCACAAUUCUCGCCUGCUGUCAGAGGGUGGGUGAACAGAAGGAGGCCCUGGUAGCAGCUUUGGCUGCGCUGUCCGCUCUUACAGAUGGACAGCCGGACCUCCUGGAUGCAAACGGGCAGCAGUUUCUAAUGAGCACCUUACGUACACACCAGGAGGACCCUGGAAUCAGCUGUCAGUGCAUCGGUGCGGUACGCCACUGUUGCCUAAAACACGAGCAGAACAGACAGGAUCUGGUAAAGGCUGGAGUGCUGGCCUUACUUACCGGCGCUAUCACUAAACACCGUGAGCAUUCGGAUUUGGUGAGGGAAGCUUGUGCCGCUCUCCGGGUUAUGACGUUUGAUGAUGAUGUCCGUGUCCCAUUUGGACACGCCCAUGAACAUGCCAAAAUGAUUGUUCUGGAACAGAACGGCCUAAGAGUCAUUGUGGAAGCUGCUAAUGCACACCCUAAGAAUACCUCCGUCCUCAGUGAACUGUGUGCCACUCUGGCCCGUCUGGCUGUGAGGAAUGAGUUCUGCCAGGAUAUUGUGGAUUUAGGAGGACUGAAGUUCAUGAUGACGCUUCUGGCUGACAAUUUGGACUGCCAGGUGAGCAGGUCAUUUCUGCAGGAGCUUGUGAAGCAGGUCCUUGGUGCCUUACGAGCCAUUGCAGGAAAUGAUGAUGUCAAAGAUGCUAUAGUGAAUACAGGGGGGACAGAGCUCAUCAUCAUGGCAAUGAACCGUCACAUGGGGAACGCACAGAUUUGUGAACAGGGCUGUGCUGCCUUGUGUGUUCUUGCUCUGCGUAAACCCAACAACUGCAAAGUCAUCAUGGAAAAUGGAGGGGCCCUUGCUGCACUGCAGGCUAUGAAAACUCACCCAGCAGAAGUGAAUGUGCAGAAACAGUCUUGCAUGCUGCUGCGGAACCUGGUGUCACGCACUCGUGAUUUCAGUAAGUCCAUUUUGGAGAUGGGAGCAGAGGCUCUGAUUGGUCAGGCUUUGGCCUCACACCGUGACUGUGGAGAUGUGGCGAGGGCUGCACUUAGGGACCUGGGUUGCCAGGUUGAGCUACGAGAACUGUGGACUGGCAAGAAAGGCAGCAUCUCUCAUUGAAGACCAUCUGACUGUUAGUGCCAAGUUUAGUUUCAUUAACACUGCAUAGACAACAAUAAUGGUCAAUUAUUAUGAUGCAGUCAAAC